UUGAUUGAACCAUCGAUUUUGUGUUCGGGAAGUGCCGGGUUCGAAUCUCGUCCCUGAGUUGUGUUUGUCUUGUUUCUUUAUGAGACUGUCCAGCCAAAUGCAUGUGACGUGUGGGUCUGAUCGUGUGUUUGUGUUUGGAGUACCUCAGCUUUCUGAAAGUCGCCACGCAGGUGCAUAUUCAGCUAGAAGGUAACUUCAUUCAUUCAGCACAAGACCACAAUGAAGUGUGGUAUUAGCUGAGUAACCACCAGAGGGCACUGAUAACUCAAAGACAGCAAUUCUACUUGAAACUGAGAAUUCGUUCUUGAUUUCUUUAAGUGUUUCGGAACUCAGAAUGUUUCUUCUCGUGUUGAGCCUUCCCACAUAGAGAGUAUUCCUGAUUUCUUCAAGUGCUUCGGAACUCAGAACGUUUCUUUACGUGUUGGGCCAUCCGGAAUAACUCCUGCGGCAUACUGACGAGUAGUCGAUGAUUGAAUGAUGGUAACCUACCACAAGUCGAGGCGCGGCAAACAUUUCCUGAAAAGGUAGAAGAGGACUGACUGCAGGGGUCACAUCGUGGCGUCUAUAAGAGACCAGAUCGUGAGUGCUGUCGGUUCAGUCAUGAAGUCGCUUUUAGUGCUGUGCGUGCUCUUCGCACCCCUACACGCCGAUGAGGGGACGGCCACCCCCGACCCUGAACAGGAAGCUCGAAUCUCGUAUGAGGGAUCACAGCUGUUGAAGGUGACAGCUCCUACAGAAGAAAAGAAAGAAGUCCUGCAGAAGCUACAGGACAUGGAAGGUGUCGAUACGUGGUUACCACUUGCCACUAACAGUUCGACAGUGGAUGUGCUGGUGAGGCCUGAGACUGCAGGCAUGGUGAAGGAGUUCCUUGAUAAUAGUGGACUCACGUUCAAUGUUGUCAUCGACAACUUGCAGGCAGCCAUUGACACAGAGAACCCUACCAUGACACUGGAAGAAAUGGAGGAAUUGGAAGGCAGGAAAGGUCACCGCAUGACUUGGCAGUCAUAUCACCGACUUGCAGACAUUCAUGGCUAUUUGGACUACCUUGCCCAGACCUACCCCCAGCUUGUGAGCCUCCAGACCAUUGGUAGUUCAGUGGAAGGACGUCCACUUAAAGUGCUCAAAAUAUCCUCUGGCAGUCCUGGCCGCCCAGCCAUCUGGAUUGAUGGAGGUAUUCAUGCUCGGGAGUGGAUCUCUCCAGCAUCUGUUACAUACAUCAUAAAUGAGCUGACUGAAAACCAAGAGGCCCAUGGGGAGCAUGUCAAGAGUGUUGACUGGUAUAUACUCCCUGUUCUGAACCCAGAUGGUUAUGAAUACUCUCACCGUGUAGACAGACUCUGGCGUAAGAAUCGGCAGGUUUCUGGGCACUGUGCAGGAACUGACUUGAAUCGGAACUUUGGCUACAAAUGGGGUGGAGCGGGAUCGAGUAAGGAACCCUGUAAGGAAAUAUAUGCCGGUAGCCGUCCUUUCUCCGAACCAGAGUCGGCAGCUGUGUCCAACUUCAUUCAGAGUCAUGCAGGAUCCAUGAAGGCAUAUGUGUCAUUUCAUAGCUACGGUCAGUAUAUCCUGCAUCCUUGGGGCUAUGUCAGGGGAUAUCCACCUGACCAUGCAGAUCUGAGUCGUGUUGGUCACAAGAUUGCCAAUGCAAUGUACCAGGCAGGUGGUGCCAGUUACACUGUUGGUGGUGCAGCGGCCACCCUGUACCCAGCUUCAGGAGGAUCAGAUGACUGGGCAAAGGGGGCAGCUGGCAUUAAGUAUUCCUACACAAUUGAGCUGCGAGAUCGUGGGUUCUUCGGCUUCAUCUUGCCUGUACAAUACAUCCUUCCCACAGCCCGCGAAGCACUGGCAGCGGUGAAGACUUUAGCCAGUGAAAUAACAAAUGUCAGAUGAUUCAGUUUCACAACUGGAAACCACAGUUUGUGUUCCGAGAAGAGGUCUGAUUCAUCGUCUAGUAAAUGGGCUGUUCAUCACAUACAGCUAGGGUUGGAGAGUUGACAGUGAAAAUAUCUGUUUGUAUUUGUGAAAUAAAUAU